AUGAUGCCAUUGUGGCGUCUAGAGAAUGACUGGAUACACCGUAACAAAACAGGUCAAUUAAAAUCCCUCAAAAAAUCUGUCAUCUAUUGCAAGAAGAUACAUAUUCGUUCAAAAAGCGUCACGGAGAUAUCUCUACAUGCGAUAAAAAAGUUUUUCGAGACAUCUAUCGAGCCAAAGAAGUUGGAUCAAAUGAGAAAAAUAAAGCCGGAUGUCAGCUUAUUGAGAGCAUCCCUCGAGGGAAUUAAGUCGAACGUCUUAGGAAUUCUAAACAAGCACAACGAAAUCAUGUUGAAGUCGUCGGAAAUUUUGUUUCAACAGCAAGAACUUGAAAAAACGAUUCCUUUGGUGAUUUCCGCUUACGAAAAGAACAUGUCGUAUAUUGAUGAGAGAGUUAAAUUUGUUGAGAAUCGUAUCAUGUUUUUAAUCAAAGAGGUGGAAACAACAUCAAAUAUUCCUCUUAUGAAAUGUGUAAAAAACAUUUUCAUGAGAAAGAUCGAUGCAAUUAGUCGUCAUUUAUGCAAAACAUUAUUCAAUGAAACAUAUAAAGUUGAUGAAUCAAUCAAAAAAUAUAGUUUGAUUGAAAACUUUUGCAUGAUAAGUAAUCGAACUAUGAAUCUUCUCAGUCAACUUGACAAUUUACCAACAGAAAUUCUUCAUUCAGCCGAGAAUGAAACCCGCCUUCAUCAUCGCAACAAAAUGUGUCGAGCAAAGGUUGCAAUGAACGAACAAAAUUUGUUUAAAAUGCUUGAAAAUCAACUUCACAAUCAUUUCACUCCAACAAACAAACCUAAAAAUAAAGAAGCUCUGAGAAUGUUUAAACUCUAA